GGACGGCCCUCGCGCUUCUCGCGAGAUCGCGUGGAUGACCCAACGCCUCGCGGGCCGGGAAACUCGCAGCGCCCGCGGAGGAGCCAAUCCUGGCAGCGGAGAGGCGAACCCGGAAGCGGAGUGCGCGGAGGAGACUCUCGGUUCAGAUUUGAAUGAGUAAAAUAAUGCAGGCAUAAUUCAUCUCUGGAAAAAUUAUACCCUAGCAUUUGAAAUGCUUUUUAUUUAGAGUAGUAGUAAAAAUGGAAAAAGAGAAAGAACAUGAUGAUGGAAAACCAGACCCAGAGAAUUUCUUGGACUUUUCUGAACACUUUAACCAGCUGGAAUUGUUGGAAACACACGGACACCUUAUUCCCACUGGCACUCAGAGUCUCUGGGUAGGCAGUUCUGAUGAAGAUGAGGAGCCAGAUGUAAAUGCUGAAGAGUGGUAUCAAUUGCAAGAAAAGAAAAUGGAAAAGGAUCCAAGCAAAUUGCUUCUUUGGGCUGCUGAAAAAAAUCGGCUUAUGACAGUACGGAGGCUACUUUCUGAGAAGGCCACUCACGUGAACACUAGGGAUGAAGAUGAGUAUACCCCUCUUCAUCGAGCAGCCUACAGUGGACACUUAGAUGUCGUCCGUGAGCUGAUCGCACAAGGGGCAGAUGUUCAUGCUGUGACUGUGGAUGGCUGGACACCCCUGCACAGUGCUUGUAAGUGGAAUAACACCAGAGUGGCCUCUUUCUUACUUCAGCAUGAUGCAGAUAUCAAUGCCCAAACAAAAGGCCUCUUGACCCCCUUGCAUCUUGCUGCUGGAAAUAGAGACAGCAAAGACACCCUGGAACUACUCCUCAUGAACCGCUACAUCAAACCAGGGCUGAAGAACAACUCGGAAGAAACAGCAUUUGACAUCGCCAGAAGGACAAGUAUCCAUCACUACCUCUUUGAAAUUGUGGAAGGCUGUACGAAUUCUUCACCUCCGUCUUAAUGGUUCUGGUCAUCAUCUUAAGUUUAUCAGUAUCAGUGCCUCCUUCCUGUGAGAUGUAAAAUACUCCCAUAAUACAGAGUCAGCAUCAAAUGUCACACUACAAAAAUUCAGUUAGUACUCAUCAUAUUCUUGCCUGAUCUUGAUGUCAAACCUUUGAGAGUUGUUUCGACACAUCUGUAAUGAUUUCUUUGGAGCUUGUGAUUUUUUUAUCAGAAGUAAUUUUAACUUACCUAUACUUAAAAAUUUGACACGGGUAAUACAGAAACUAAGGAUAUUUUCGGUGCUGAUCCAAGAGAAAUGUAUUUUUAAAUAUCCUUUAUCAUGGGUCUUUGUUGAGUAUUAAUAUGUUGACAUGUAUUUUUAUAAGCUAAGAUAACUCAGUUUAACUUACAAGUCUUAAAUAUACUGGUGCAGUUUAGCUGUCUUCUCUACAUUACCAUCAGCAGUUGCUUUCAUUCUAAACUAAAAAUACUGACAUAUUAGUGACUUGGUUGUAAGUUAAAGAUAAUACAAAAACCUAGAUCUUUAUAUUUUAAAAUGUAGGCUAGGCUAUUCUGAGGAAAGCCGUUAUCUAGGUGUUUUAGUCCAUGACUCACAUCACUUCCCCUGCCACACAUCCCAACCUGUGGACUGCACCUACACAGUACUUAUUAUUGAGGGUCAGUUGUCACCAUUUAGGCAUGCACAGAACUCUAUACUGAUUCAGAAAGUCAUAUUAUAUUUGCCCUCCAACUGUUCUCACCUGCCUCUUACUAUUGGGCUAGGCACUGCUCAUAAAGACUCUUGACUGAUUUCCCCCCACCAAGGUCCUUAUUUUCUACAGACUAUUACAAAGGCAAAGUAACAAGGGGAAAGGAUUCUACAAAUUAGAGAUGAUUAUCAUAUGAGGACUUGAACAGUGGCUCAGGCUUUCUUUAAAAAAUUUACAUAUAGGCCGGGCAUGGUGGCGCACGCCUUUAAUUCCAGUACCCGGGAGACAGAGGUAGGAAGAUUGCUGUGAGUUCGAGGCCACCCUGAGACUACAGAGUG